AACAAACAAGAGCAGAUGAGUAUAAUUCUUAUGAAAGGGUUCUAAAAAGCAAGCAAAAAGAGCGGGGAAUUAGAAUUAAGCAAGAUCAGUUAUUAAAGAAUUAUUUAGGUUGUAAAAACUGCGGAAGUAAAGAAGUGGAUGCUUAUAAUUUGUAUGAAAAUAACCAAUUAGCUUGUCAACCUUGCCUAAUGAGAAAAGAGGGCGGGAGUAGCAGUCCCAUUAGUUUAACGGAACGGCAAAAAUGGGAAUGGUUAAAGGAUAGAAAUCACCUGAAUAAUUGUCAGUGUUUAGAGCAAGAGGCAAAAGAUAGUUAUUUAUUGUUCGCUAACUCAUUAAGAGAAAAGCAGGAGAAAUUAAAAAAGUGUCAAUGUGAAGUAAGCGACAAGCCCCGAACCCCUUAUUAUGACAGUGCUAAUUAUGGGUUAGAAGUAAAAGAAAGGGUGCUAUGCGGGAAUUGUUUAGGGAAAUUAGUAGAGCAAAUGCCCGCUAAUAAGAAAUAUACCUUUAAUAAAUAUCUAAGAAGAGG